AUGGCCGCCGCAAACAGACUGCGCCAUUUGGCUCGUCUACUCCGCAGCCACAUCUGCACAAAAAAUUUAGCGAAAUUCUUAGGCGGAGGCAACAACCGCAACGUGACGCGACACGACAUCGACAACAAAUCGCGCCAGUGGUUUGGAGCAACAGUGGCGGCGGCGCAGUCAGGAGCCGCGGUGGUGGGCCGGGUCAAAGAGGCGGCCGACCGUUGCUCCGCACUUACGCCCUGCCGCUGCCGCCGCCGCUGCCCGCCCCCUCCACCUCCGCCUCCACCUCCGUCUCCGCCGCUGCCACUGCCCGCCUCCUCGGCCGCUGCCGCCGCCGGCUCCGCCGCCGCUUCCGCCGCCACCGCCGCCACCGCCGCCACCGCUUUGCCGCCGGCGCCGGCGCCCGCGCGCACAGCAAGAAGUGGAGGCACUUGGAGGCAUGAUUAUUGUGUUCGUGUAUUGAACAAUGGGAAGGAAAGAAGUACCAGAGUCGAAAAGAGGAAAGAAGACAAGGAAAGCGAGGACAGGAGGAGGAGAAAAAAUGAUGGAAGGAAAGAGAGUGGAAAACGAGGAGUAAGAAAUAGGCUGAAAGAGAGGUCAGAAGCCGUGCGGAAGUACAAGACUGGGGAGGAGAUGGAAAAAGAGGAAGAGAAGGGAACAGAAAAGGGGACGAAGAAAGCAGCCAAUAGGAGAGUGGGCGGUGGAAGGGAAGAGCGCGCGGGAGAGCGGCCCGUCGAAGUCGCGUUCUCCCACCCAGUCAACGAGCUCUCUCGAUUUAUGGCCGCGUUUGUACGGCAGCGCCCCAUUGAAAGCCGGCGGCGGGCGGCGGGCGACGGCGGCUUCUGGGCGACAGCAAGCGAUGGGCGAUAG